AUGUCCCACUGCCUAUUAGCGAGCGCCAGCUGCCCGCUGUCCCGCUGCCCGCUGCACGUCCCAAGGCCCAGCCCAGCCUGCAGACUUACCGGCCAACCUGAAGAUUAG